AUCCGACGCAGACAUGUAACAAAUCCAUUGACUGGAUGCGAGGUGCUGCAUCGAUAACCUGCCACACCUCUCCUCUCAGCAUGCAACCCUGCCUAACCGCCGUGCUAUAUCGUGCCCUUCUUCGCGGCCGCCUCCUCCCCCUUCCUCCUCGACCCUUUCUCCUCGGCCCUUUCACUCUUCCCUCAUGUUCGCCCUCGAAGAACCUCAGUCGAGAAAGCGACAACGGUCCUCACAAUCGCGCGAGGAUUUCGAGCCGGAGCCGAUAGCAAAGAAGCAAAAACUUCUUUCGGAAAGCCGUGACCUCCCUCGUCAUCGUCCUCCCAGCUUCUGGGACACGUUAUCCAAGAUUCGAUUGAGUCGCGGUGCUCUCCGAGAGUUUGACCGUAGGAACAUUGAAGAGAAGGUCCAGCCACCUUGCACACUCACACCGAAGGUCGAAUAUCCCACAGGGCGUGCUCGCCUACUGCUCAAGAGAUUUGCUCGACGUGGUGGGCCUGAUCUAUCACACCUUCGAGGGCUUGCCAACUUGCCUCUUCCGAUCCUCGACAGAAUGAGCGGUUAUGCUCGUUCUCAAAGCGGGAGACGGUCGUCAGCCUCCUCGAGGCUAAGUGACCAUACCAAGACCACCUCUACUAAGACCACUCCGUAUAGCGGCAAUUUUGAGCAAAAACUGAUCGACAAUGCCAUCUACCCCAGCCUAUAUGAGCAUUCAGAUGGACGUUUAUCACAAAACCCGGCGAAUCUGAGUGACAUCCGGGCCGCACAACGCCACCCUCGGGCAUCUCUAUCACCGUCGCGAUUCACUGACGAAGAUUUUGAAGCCUUUCAGCGGGCCAAUGCAAGAGCGUCCGGCGAGACUACGGGGAUGCAUAACUUACUCCCCUUCAUCGCCGGAAACGAGGCGGGCCAUCGUUUCGAGAUGGGUCUACCAUUGGGCAACCUGAAACCAUUCGACAAAGAUCUCAGCGACCCCAGCCCCGAUGUCUAUCACGGAGCGGCACUCUCGACCAUCCAUCCGCGGGUUCGUGCUGACUUGGGACCUUACAUCAUUCCAUCGACGGUCGAUCUAACUCGUCCGGCGGCUCCGAAUUUCUUCGUCGAGGGCAAAAGCCCUCAAGGUCGAGCGGAUGUAGCAAAGAGACAAGCCAUGCAUGACGGAGCAUUUGGGGCUCGAGCUAUACACGAACUUCGGAACUACAAAGCUGAAGAGCCAGAAUAUGACAACAAAGCACGAAGCUUUUCUGCUACCUAUCAAGACGGCCAUCUUCAGACCUAUGCGCACCAUCUCACUGCGCCGCUCACUCCCGGAGGGGAGCCAGAGUAUCACAUGACUCAGACAAAGGCAUUUGCAAUGACGAGCGACAAAGAAACAUUCGUGAGAGGCGCCACGGCCUACCGCAACGAUCGGGACUUAGCAAAGAAAGAGCGGGACAGCUCCAUUGCCCUUGCCAACGAGGUGGCUCGCCAGAUGCCCGCGCCCACCCCAAACACGCCCACCCCAAACACCAGCUCCACGACCAGCCGCACAUCCCGUUCGACGGUCAUUGCUGCCGGAUCGGACACCUCCUCUGAAGACGAGCUGGCUCGCGAUGAGGUGACCCCGGUUAAGCGCCUGAGACCAAGUGCGGCGUCAUCCACGAGCUACGGUUCUGCAACUGGACGAGAUGGCCGCGCUGCCUCCGGAACUCCUACUGCUUGGCCGGCCUUCUGCGGAGGGAAGCUUGUUGAAAGCAAUUAG